AGAUCCCCGAGUCAGAAAUUUUCAGAAGCUUUCGGUGAUUUGUGUCUUUUCAGAAGUUCUCAGAAUCGGAAAAUAAAGCACGUAUUUACUUUUGGAACAACAUAGGUACGAUGAAUGAAAACCAAAUUGUUGUUAGGCAUGAAUCAGAAGGUGGCAAGACUCCCACAACGGGUGACGAAUCACAAGAUGUUAGUACGAUUACAAAGACCAUUAAAGGCCGUGGUCCGUCAAAAGGUGUUAAAAUCGCUAAGCCUAUGUUCCUUGAGUAUAAUGUAUAUAAUGUCCCCGAUGGACAAUGGUCUCAUGAAUACGGGAAGCAAGUUGGGAGUUGUGCUACUAGAAUUAAUAUUAACGUCCCAUUAUAUCCAAAGGUAGAUGAGCAAAUCAAGAAGGGGUUUUGGGAGGAGACUAAGCUUAUGUUCCACAUUACUGAUGAUUCUAAUCAUUCGAGGGAGAAAUAUUUUCAUUCUUGUGUGGCGAAACGAUUUAGUUGUUUCAAGAGCAAGUUGGUGCGCCGAUGGAUAACUAUGAAGGAAAAGAAGCCAAAAAAUCAAACAAACAAGAUGCCUUGGGAUGUCUACAACCAUAUCACAGAGGAUGAUUGGAAGACUUUUGUUAAACAUUAUUUCCUGCCAGAGUCAUUGGUAAUGAUAAUAUUUCUUUAACUUGUCCUUAAAGAGUUUUUCAUGUAGCAAACUGACAUUGGUUCUAGGACAAAAAGUUAUCAGAAAAAACAUUUAUUUCCAUCUUUUUAUGUUGUCUU